CAAAAUUAUUUUUAAUCUGGCAAUAAAAAUCAUGUUGGCCAACUGAACGAAAACUGACGUUUAUGUCGGCCAUUUUGCAGUUUUACCGAUAACUGCUCCACACGUGUUCGGUCGCCGAAAUGGCAGUUACAAAGAAGCCUGUGGCUAAAAAAGCCACUCUACACUCCAAGACUGGCAAGAAGGGAGUCAAGGGAGGCAAAAUCCGUGGAAAGGGUAUGAAGAGGAAAAUCAACCUUAAAUUCACGAUUGACUGCACACACCCUGCCGAGGACAGCAUCCUUGACGUUGGUAACUUCGAGAAAUACCUGAAGGAACGUGUCAAAGUUGAAGGCAAAACUAACAACCUCGGCAAUCACGUUGUCAUCGCCCGGGAUAAGACGAAGGUCUCCAUCAGCGCAGACAUUGCUUUCUCCAAGAGGUACCUGAAAUACCUGACAAAGAGGUACCUGAAGAAGAACAACCUCCGUGACUGGCUCCGAGUGGUUGCUGCGGCUCACGACUCCUACGAGCUCCGCUACUUCAACAUCAACGCGGACAGCGACAACGAGGACAAUGAAGACUAAGCUGUUCAUAAAUAAAAUAGUUUUACACUA